CAAUAGGUAGACAGCUCAGUAUAACAAAUCCCAAACCUUUAUGCUUUUACACGUUAUCCUAACGGUUGCUUUUGCUGGCUACACGGAUUUUCCUACCACCUGUUCAAAACUCGACCUAGACAAAAGACAAUUACUAAAAUUUCAUAAAAUUUUGCACCUCACACAAAGAAAUAUCAGCCUGUUAGCCUUAACCGCCCAUUCUUUGUCUUCCUCUAAGCCACCCCUACCCAUAUUUUGUUUUACCAAGACAAGGAAAGAAGAACAAGAGAUAAGAGAAUUUGAUGAAGAAGAAGAAAAUUGAUGAACUAAGGUUGUAAGUUCAUCAACUUCUUAAUCAAAUUUCUCAAUAUCUUUCUUUGUGUUUUGGUGUCUUUUCUUUCAAAUCCCAAACUUAAACCAGAUUUGUUGUUUGGUUUUUUUCUUCACCUUAUUAUCUUCAAAAGAAAAAGGAAAAAAAAAACUUUUUCAGAGUUUAUUUGGAUAUGGGUCUUUGUAUCUGGACAUUAUCUGAAUAAAUAUUCACUAGGUGUAAGAAACGUAUAUCAGAUAUCAUUAACCCCACCACCAUCUUCCUUCAUUCAUCUGUUUCUGGAUGCAUAAACGAUUCUUAUAACAUGACACCUGUUUAGGUUGUCCGUACGGUUUAGUUCUUUUUCUUACAAAAGAGAGAGAGAGAGAGAGAGAGAGAGGGAAGCUUUGGUAUAACUAGUUGAGCUUUCUUUUGGGGUUUUGGAUUCGUUGAGGUUACUUUUCUGGUACCAAACUUUGAUGAAAAAAAGGGGCGGAGAAAAUUUUUAUUCUGAUCAGACAUUGACAAGGGAGGCCCACCUCCGGGGUUUGGUGGGCUUUCAUAAUUAGCCAAUAAAACCCUUCUCUUUCUAUAUUUUUUUCAAUCAAAGUUGGGUCUUGUUAUUGUUUUGAAGAUCCCACUUAGUUUUUGAGGGGAAGGGUGAAAGAAGAGGAGAGACAAUUGGGUUUCUGGCAUUGAUUUUUUUUUUUUUGCCUCAUAUCGAUUGAAUUUGGACCCAUAGAAGAAUCAACCUUCUAUUUUUUGGAAUGCUACUUUACUUCUUCAUCACUUGUUUUCCCUUCAUCUUCUUUUUAAAGUCCUUAACUUUGAAACGGUUCCCACCACGGGCAACCGAGAUGAGAUUAUUGUCUCUCUGGUUUUGGAAAGAAGUUUCUUUUUUUUCCAUUUCCAAGUUUAUCAAAAAUAGCACAAUCCCUUCCAGAAUGUGUCUAACAAAGAUGUCUUUCACUUCAAAAGUUGAUAACUUUGAGGAGGUUAAAGAAGAAGAAGGCUUGAUGUCAAUUUUGGACUUACCAGAAUUGGUCUUAGAAUGCAUUCUUGAAAGGCUACCACCUGCUGGUCUUUGUAGUAUGGCAGGUGUUUGCAGUUCUUUAAGAAGUAGGUGUAGUAGUGAUCAUUUCUGGGAGAAACAUAUGAAGAAAAAGUGGGGUAGAAUUAUUGGUCCAGCUGCUUAUAGAGAGUGGCAAUGGCAUGUAGCUUUAAGAAAGCAUGCAAGUCAUGUAAAACAGGAGAAGCCAAAAGGUUUGUUUAGGAUUUUAUCAAUUUUUAGGCCAUUUUGGUGGAUUCAAUCAAAGGUUGAUGAUAGUAGUAAGCAGAGUUCUUUGCCAGAUGAUUCAAUCAUGUCUUGGUUUCUUGCUCUUGAAACUGGCAGAUUCUGGUUCCCUGCUCAGGUCUAUAACCGUGAGAAUGGCCAUGUUGGGUUUAUGUUGUCAUGUUAUGAUGCAGAACUCAGUUAUGAUCCCCGUACUGACACCUUCCAAGCCAGGUACCCUCCACAUGGAAGGAGGGCUCUGGCCAUAGAGAAUAGCGUACCUUGGGAAAGGCUAAGAGCACCACCUGUUGAUACUUCACCACAUGAUCUUCAUUUUUCUGACUGUUUGAAUGAGCUACGCCCUGGUGAUAACAUUGAGAUUCAAUGGAGAAGAAACAAAGAAUUCCCUUAUGGUUGGUGGUAUGGGGUAGUUGGUCACUUGGAAUCAUGUGACGGGAAUGAAAAUUACUGCCGUUGUCAUAAUAGUGACACGGUGCUGUUAGAGUUCAAUCAUUACACCCCUGGCUCAAGGUGGAGACGCACAACAAUCAAUCGGAAAGACCAUCGAGAGGAGGGAAAUGAGGCAGAUGGAUUUUAUGGGGGAAUCAGAAAACUUAGCAGUGAGGAAGAGAUUUCUACAUGGAAGCGGCUCUGGCCAUCUGAAAUCCUGGAAUAGCCUUCUGCAUAAAAAUGCAUGCUAAUGUCACCAUGAUUUAAAUACAAAUGGUCUAUUUUCCUUCCAACUAGGCAAAUUGAUCAAGUUUCUGCUCCAUAAAUGGUGCUCCUGGAAAUUGAGAAUCCACUUCAAAGUUGCAUGAACAUGGAGUUGAGUUCAUGUAAAAUCCCUCUAUUUACUUGGCAUAUCCCACGAUUAUGACAAGUGUUUGUUGAAAAUCUUUUGGAACUUGGAAGCCCGUUGAUUAUUGAAGGAAUAGAGAAUGGCAACUUUAUGAAACAUGAAAUGUAUCCUGUAGAGCUCUGAAAUUGUAAAAAUUAUCCUUUGUUUUCCAGUCUUUGAAAUUUGUUGAAGCAUUUUAUUUUUUUUCUUAUAUAGGUGACAUAGGGUUACAUCAUGAAAAGUAGUCUUCUCAUCUUAGAAUUUGAACUUGAAAUCCUCAACAUGAGUCUUACUAAAUUUAAGAGAAUUUGCUUUUGUC